GUCUUUACGUCCAAACGCUGAGAGCGCUCGAGGAAGCCACAAUUUCCUGGCGUGAACCAUGUCCAACGGUUGCAGCCGCUACAGAAAUUCAAGUGCAGCCCAAUGUUCAGUGUCCUGAGCGUGUUACUGAGCUGUUGCAGUGCGACUGUCUUGUCAUUGCGCUAAGCAUAAACACGGACAAUAGAUGUGUGUAUCACUGAACUGUUUGUUUUCAGAAGUUUCUGAGCUGUUGUUGAGUGCAUUCAUUUUGAAAAUACUAUAUAUAGGAUUUAUAUUCUAAUUUUGUGUAUUAAUUCCGUUUAUAAAUAGGUGACUAUAUGAAUAAGGAACAACAAUUAUUGCACCAUACAUGUCCUCUGUUUCGUUCCACUACCCAAAAUUUCCCCAACACAUAUUUGUAUGAAGUUAAUGAAAAUCAUUAGCAGGAACACUUUAUUAGUCUCUUCGGCCUGUUUGUCAAUUUUUACGAAUUACGUCAUAAUAAUCUUACUGGAAACAAAAAAGAGCGAAUUCAUUUUGUAUAGUUGUUAUGACAAAAGUGGUAAAUUUUUAGUAAAGAAGGUUGUUGAGAUGUCAUUUCUUCGACUCCCAUUUCUGAAUGUUUACAUACUGGUAGUUAUACUUACCAUUAUUGCUGGAGAUCACACAUAUUACCAAGAAACAUCUAGAAAAGGAAGAAGCGUCUAUUUCGAAAAUGCCACGCUGCAGCAAUAUGGAGAGCAGACCGCUGAGAUGAACCCACUUUUUGCCAAGCAACUAAACCAUGUUGAGUCGAUGGCCGAGUUUGCGAGUCUCGUGGUACGCAGUAACCGUCGCCUGUGUGCUGACACAACCCUCCGGAUCCUGGUGAACCUCAACAAUGGGAAGGCAGCCCACAGCGACAUCGCUCCAUCACAGGAUCCGAUAGAGAAACUCAAGGCUCUGUGUGUACAGAUCAAGCGAGGAAGAGCAGCAGCGCUGCCAGGUCUGAAAAAACGUGAAAUGAAAGCAAUGAAUGCCGCUUUGCUGGAAGGCAAGGGAGCGUCUUGCAAGCCGAGGGCCGUACUGGUGGAACUGCCUGCAGCUCCGUCCGGAUCCUCCUACUACCCACAGUGCGUCACGGCCAAGCGGUGUGGGGGCUGUUGCAACAGCGCGCUGUUAGAAUGCAGGCCUGUCAACAUAACCACUGUGAAGAAGUGGGCUAUAGAACUAGAUGUGUUGUCAAGAAGUAUGUAUAAAAGUGCCAAGUCUUUCCAAAUGGAACAGCAUGAGGACUGUAAAUGUGGCUGUAAGACUCAGCCUAGCCACUGCAGCAAAGCACAGGUGUACGAGGAGGACUCAUGUCAGUGUAAGUGCGGAAAUGAAGCCGAGAGCUCGAACUGUGUGUAUCCGAAGAAAUGGGACCCAGAUCAGUGCGCAUGCCUCUGCAGACAUUCGCUGCCAUGUUCCACAGGGGCGCAUGUUCAUCAGGGUUCCUGCAAGUGCAUUUAAAACAAAACAUCGAGACGUCACGAAGAGAGAAGAGAUUCUGAAUAAGUGGAACAUCUUUGUAGGGGGCAUCCGUCAAUUCACUUUGGCUGACUGUGGUCAUUUGUCCGUCUCUCCAAAGAAACAAAUAUUUGUAUUGCCACUCGCAGUUCUGCUGCAGCUCAUUCACAUGUCUCUACUCCAUUAUACAUCGCUAUUUCUUAAUCAAUAUGCAAAAAAAUAAAGACUAUAAACCUUUAAAUUAAAUAUAAGAAAUGUUUACUUGCAAAAUCAUUAUAAUUAUGUAGGGAACUGUUCGUAACGAAUGUUCUCGAUCAAUGGGAGACGUCCUUACACAGGUGAGGCACUGAAUGGAAUUUGAUAUAUCGAAAACAUAAACUUCUAUAAUAACGCAAUAUUAAAGUAUACACAAUUGUAACAAUACACUUGUUGGAAAAGAGGAGCUUUGUUUUCACUUUGGUGGAGUAUGAUUUUUGAUAAAUGGAUACAUAUGACGCAAGACUGAAUUAAAGCAUAGAAGGCUGGUGGAUUAUUUUGGUUUAAAAUCUGCACUGAUUGUUAUCAGUUCUUUGAACAACUUGCAAGAAGGAAACACACGUAGAAGAUGGUUUAUAGCGACGGCCGCAUGUUUAAACUCGAGAAUCGGCAAAUCGAUUUUGACGAAUUUUGAUAUCAAUAUUGUGCCACUGGAGCUCAAUCUACAUUCGCACUUCAUAAAGCCUUUAUCAGCCGCUUUUCCCAUUAUUCUGAUGGUGUACUCUUGCUUCAGAUAGUUUUGCAAUGAAAAUUGCCUUUAUAAAUUCAAAAUGUAAUGUUAAAUUUCAGGGACAACUGAUUAGACAGGGGAAGCUUUAUCCACAAUACAGUUUAUUAUUGUUCAGGAGAAAGCAGUAGGAGAUAUUGAAAUUAACCGUAAUGUAACCUAAUGCAACAAGACAAAUAUUUAGCAUAUGCAGAUGCUGCGGUGACUCUUGUGCGGUCGAUGAGAGCCAUUGACGAAGUACACGGACUGCUGAGGAGUAAAGCAUUAAUGGCUGUACUAGAAGUGAACGCGAAUAACAUCAGGCACACGAAGGUUACAAGGAACGUGCCAAACUUUAGACA